UAGGUGGUCAUAAAUGACAAGAAGAAAAAGUAAGGUGGAGAAGGGGAAUGGGGAGUGUUGGCAAUUUAGAUAGAAUGUAAUCUAUCUAAAAGGCUGGGAAAGUCUGAUUUGAGCAAGCCUGAAAGGCUUGGGACGAAAGGCUGGAAAAGUCUGAUUUGAACAAAAACGCGAGAACCGCCUAGGAACACAUCAGCUGUAUACUACGGUGUAGAGAAGUCAAGGAUGAAGAACUGGCACCAAGAUCAAAACCCAGCGCAAGGCUCCCUUUAAGCGUGGCUCCUGGGGUUACGUAUUGCCAUAGCCUACAAGCGAGUCUGCAGGUCCGUAAACAAGAGGCGGCCGCUGCAACCUCCAUUUUACUUUCCGGCACCAAAUCUAGGCUGGUCUAGUCUUUGUCAUCCCUUUCCCACUCCUCCGGCAGGGUGUUGGUUUUCUUCUUUUCUUUUUCUCGAGAUAGAUUCUCGCACUGUCGCCCCAGGCUGGAGUGCAGUGAUGUGAUCUCGGCUCACUGCGACCUCUGCCUCCCAGAUUCAAGCGAUUCUCCUGUCUCAGCCUCUCGAGAAGCUGGGAUUAUAGGCGCGCACCACCACGCCUGGCCAAUUUUUUUUUUUUUUAUUUUAAGUAGAGACAGAGUUUCACCAUGUUGGCCAGGCUGGUCUCGAACUCCCGACCUUGUAAUCCGCCGCCUCGGCUUCCCUAAAUGCUGGCAUUACAUGACUGAGCCACCGCGCCCAGCCCUGGGUCCCUGUUUUCUUCACCACCGAGUGAACAGCAGAGGGGGUUGUUGGGUGAGGGCCGGACGAGGCGGGGAGGGACCAGGGCGUGCCGCGCUGCCCUCACUCAAGAUGGCGGCCAUCGCCUCGGGCUCGGUAGCGCGAAGCGGCGCGUGCGUGCUUAGCUCUCAGGUUCGGGCACCGCGCUCGGGGGCGGGUCUAUCUUGGGAGAGGGUACGCGCGCCCUGCGGCCCAGACCCUAGUCAUCGGCCUCGCAGCUGCUGCCGACACCGCCGCCACUGUCACCCCUCCCAGACUGGACGGGAGGAUGGAGUCGAUAGCCGUCGCUACCGACGAUGGGGACAGGCCAGGGGUCCCAGCGGGCUCAGGCCUGUCGGCUUCCCAGCGUCGGGCCGAGCUGCGUCGGAGAAAGCUGCUCAUGAACUCGGAACAACGCAUCAACCGGAUCAUGGGCUUUCACAGGCCCGGGAGCGGCGCCGAAGAAGAAAGUCAAACAAAAUCAAAGCAGCAGGACAGUGACAAACUGAACUCCCUCAGCAUUCCUUCAGUGUCAAAGCGAGUGGUGCUGGGUGAUUCGGUCAGUACAGGAACUACUGACCAGCAGGGUGGCAUGGCCGAGGUAAAGGGGACCCAGCUGGGAGACAAAUUGGACUCUUUCAUUAAACCACCUGAGUGCAGUAAUGAUGUCAACCUUGAGCUCCGGCAGCGGAACAGAGGGGACCUGACAGCGGACACGGUCCACAGGGGUUCUCGCCAUGGCCUAGAGCAGUACCUUUCCAGAUUCGAAGAAGCAAUGAAGCUAAGGAAACAGCUGAUUAGUGAAAAACCCAAUCAAGAGGAUGGAAGUACAACUGAAGAAUUUGACUCUUUUCGAAUAUUUAGAUUGGUGGGAUGUGCUCUCCUUGCUCUUGGAGUCAGAGCUUUUGUUUGCAAAUACUUGUCCAUAUUUGCUCCAUUUCUUACUUUACAACUUGCGUACAUGGGAUUGUACAAAUAUUUUCCCAAGAGUGAAAAGAAGAUAAAGACAACAGUACUAACAGCUGCACUUCUAUUAUCGGGUAUUCCUGCUGAAGUGAUCAAUCGAUCAAUGGAUACCUAUAGCAAAAUGGGUGAAGUCUUCACAGAUCUCUGUGUCUACUUUUUCACCUUUAUCUUUUGUCAUGAACUGCUUGAUUAUUGGGGCUCUGAAGUACCAUGAAGCCUGCAGAACUGAGAAGGAGAAGCUUACAAAAAAAAAUUUGUCUUCUACAUUGCAAUGUCUCUAAAGGAGGCAAAUUGGUUUACACCUUCAUGUAAUUCUUUUACUUUAGGGGUUGUAAAACUACUUUAUUAGAAAUAGAAUGGCAGAUUCCCUGAUUUAAAAGGGUUGAGUUUAUAUUAGUACUGACUCAUGAAGAAUAGAGUACCAAUGUCAUUAAUUGAUUUUUUCUUCUUUAAUCAGAACCCCUAUUCUGUAUUUUUCCUCUAACUUCUCAGAUUUGUAAUUCUUUGGGAGCUGAGCUAGUGCUUUUAGGAGAGCAGAUAAACGUGGUCUCAGCCUAAAGACUGCUUCUUGUAUUUGUGUCAAUCUGUCCUGAGAAAUGAAGUCAUCUUAAAAAUAAAAUGAAAGAAACUGAA